AUGGAGUCGCCUUCCCAGGAGAAAAGAGGGGCCCAUGCCAUCACUAUCCAACAAAAUGAAACUGUACUGACAGCUUUUCCCUUCGGGCCUCAUAUCUCUCUGCUGGAUUUCUUAAAGGGAGAGCCAAAAAUCUUGGGGGGUAUCCAGAUCCUGCUUGCGCUGAUCAUUGCGGGCCUUGGAACUGUACUUGCAUUUGGUUACAUCAGUAUUUCUGAAUUAUUCCCUCUCGUUUUCCUCUCAGGAUAUCCAUUCUGGGGAGCAUUUAUUUUUUUUCUUACAGGAAGCCUCAUAGUAAUGGAUGAGAAAUUUAAAAACAUCCAGAUACGAGGUAUCAUUACCAUGAGUGUCAUCAGUUCUGUGGUCGCAGUGGCUGGGAUUGCUCUCAUCCUCAUCAGCUACACUCAGAAACACAAGUUCUGCCGGACACUUGCCCUUGAAGGAUCAUGUGGCCUCGGUAGAACGUAUUUCCUUGGCAUUUUGUCAAUCCUAUUAAUCAUCACCAUAGUAGAGCUUUGCAUCUCUGUGACCAUCGCGUCCUUUAGAAGCAAGUGCUACACAAGUUCAGAUGAGGUUGUGUUUUUCUUACCUUCACAUGUUACUCCAACUAGUGAACAACCUGACCCAGAAGAAAACAUCGUAUUACAAUUUAAGCUUCAAGAAGAAUCUUCUAGGAUUGGUACAACAUCAAACAGACAAACUGUUUUCUUUGGAGGCUAUUCUUUCUUCAAGUUAAGGGUUUUAAGAAACCCUUUAGUCCAUCAUUGCAUAUUACAAACAUGUAGUAAAUGUAAGAUUAGUAACCAUGCCUCUACACCUAUUCCAGAGGAAGAAAUUGAACCAAAACCUUCACCGCUCAGAUUAGAAAAAAGAGUCUCAGAAAAUCUGGUUGAUGAAGACCUGCAAUAUACUAUAACACCAUCCCCCUCAACACAAACUCCAUCACCGACCCCACCUGUGCAAACACUCCAAGCGUUGCCUGCGGAUGACUUGCCAUCUCAAGUUCGACUAAUACAAGCCCCUCCUAAACAAGUCAUGUUAUAUAAAACCCCAUCAUCACAUAUCAGCCAGUCUUUGGAUCUGACAUUUGAAGACUUGCCCUCUCAAGAUGUGUUCAUUCAAGGCAAACCAUCCCAAGAGACAAUCUUCCAAGAGUCAACAUCCACACAAACAACAUCCCAAGACAUGGCCUAUGAGUUGCUGUCAGCACAAGCCAUACCAUUCUACUCCACGCAGUACCCUAAGAUUCGACAGCUAUCCCAAGAUCUUGAGUCACAAAACAUUCAAUGUCAAACCCAGCGAUCUUCAGAAAUAUUAUAUAAAGACAUUCAAACAGAAGUCAUGGAACAGUCCCAAGAAUGGAAACCUCGGGGCAACUACCCAAGAAGGUUUUCCUGGUUCCGUAAAACCAAAGAUGGGAAGUACCCAAAGAGACAUUCCUUAGACCUGACAAGGAAAGGCAAGCCAUCCUCAAGGAGAUAUUCUUUAGACCUACAAACCAAAGGUGGUCAAUCUCUAAGACGGAAAUCCCUAGACCAGAAAAUCAAAGCCUGGCUCUCCGCAAAGAGUCAGUUUCUAAGCAGGCAAGCCCCAUAUAGCCAAACCACAGAACAAAUCCCACAGCAUCCAUUCAAAGAUCUGCAGGCAAGAGGGGAGCAAUUCCCGAAGCAAAAAUCCAAAGAUGGAGAAGAUAAAGAGCAGAAAAUCAUUAAGGAGCCAUUCCCAAAGAAACAAACUCAAGAUAAACAAGCUGAAGAUCAGCACGCUCAAGAGGAAAAAUCCCCAAAGGAACAACCUCAAAGUUGGCAAGCCAAAGGCCCGCAAGUUCAAAUGAAGAAAGCUUUAAAGCAGUUGUGCCAAGAUUGGGACUCGCUAAGCCAGGAACAGGAAGAUGGGCAAUUCACCCCAAAGAAGUCUCUGCAAUGGACGAAACAGAAUUGGCCAUGUUUCCAGCAAUCUGAAGACUGGAUAAAUCAAGGUUGGAGAAACAAAGAUUGGGUAGCACGAGACUGGCAAUCAGAAAUGCAGCAUGCCCUAAACAGGAAGACCCGAGAUCUGUUAGAGAAAGAAGCCCGAAAGCAGAACACCAUGGCCCAAUAUAGCCUAGACAGGCAAAGUCCAGAGAAGGACCAAAAAGAGUUUCAAUCCAGAGUUGGAUUAAAAGAAGAUACGCAAAAAAGACGCAUCAAAAAAGGGAAACUGCAACCAGAAGACAUGAGCCCAGAUUACCAACCUUCUUCUAGCCAAAGUUUAGUCCAUGACAGGUAUGUAACCUGUUGGUCCAACAUAGAUUCAGAACCAGAGGUGCAGCCGUAUGCCUCAACCAGUUCAAACUCCUACAAAGACUUGAAUGUAACUUCCAGCUCAUGUUCCAAAGAUCCACAGCAAUCUGAAGAUUCUGACUAA